AUGCCGCGGAGCCCCACUCUGUGGGCUGUGAUCCCUCUUCUCGCCUUCUUCCACUCGCAGACAUUCUGCACCCACCCGGUUUGGCAACACGUCGCCGGGGCCAGUCAGCGAAACAGAGGCACCGUUCCCUGUCGGGCCUACGAACCACAUGUUCCGCCUGCUGACAGACUCGCCAACGUGUGGGACGUGCCCGCAGGAAGGUUUGAAGAAAUGGCAAAUGCCAUCACUGCUUCCAAGACAAGGCUGCCAGAAUGGUUUACAGAGAAUAUCCGCGAAGCUGCCGCAGAAGCUGGAAUCACGAAGAUUUCGGAGAUCUCACUUGCUGGUUCAGAACUUACGCGAACUGCCAUCAGAUAUUCAUCAGAUUUGGAUGUGAAUGUCAACACCGUGGAGUGUGUAACGCGAUCUCAACGAAGCAAGUUCAAGGACUUCUUGGUCAGCUCCAUCGUCAAGCGGUUUCGAAACUGGGAGUUUGAACAUAUGGGAAAGAAGUGCAUUGUUCUCAUCCAGACGAACGCCCAGGAGAAUACACGGGUGGAUAUUGCCUUCGUCAAUACCUGCUUUGACACCAUCAUUGACCGCGGAGAGAACGUAGGUUUUUUCCGAAACAACAAAGCCGCGCAGCAAGCCGUCAGGAUGUUCAAGCUUGCCUUCCUUGAUGUGUCCGGGCUGUGUGGCUUCCACAUUGAAAGGCUCGCAAUGAAAUUGUCCGAAGCGGCCGGGAAGCAGCUGGAAGGUAGAGUCCUGUGGACACGCAUGCUACGGGAAGUGCGGAAGCAAGGGCCGAGCCUGCGUCUGGUCAUGAAAGAGGCCUUGCUAGAAGUUGAGGAUGACCAGAAGGAUGCAAGGGAGGCGCAGCUUCAUGCCCAAGUUACACGAAUGCGCAACGUCGUGAAGGAUGCUGGGGUCUUCGGAGCCGAGGUGAUCUCACAUUUGUGCGACUCACCGGGAGGACCAUCCACGAUUGCAGUGCUCCUACCCGGAGUGCACGGUGGAGUGGGCCCGUGCCGCGAGCCGGGGAGCAACUUUGAUGCGAACUGUUUGUAUGCACUGGUGGCCCAAAGGCUUCAAGAGCUCGGUCGAGCCAUUGACGUGUACCGUUGCUCCUGGCAGUUUAUGUGCCCGACGAUGGCAUACGCCCUCAACGCUGUUUGCCACGUUCUGCAACACGCGCUCAAGCAGGCACAAAGAAGAGGGAGCCACGCGAUCAAUGUGGUCAUUGUCGGCCAUUCUUUAGGUGGCCAAGUCGCACUGCACUCGGCUGCGAUGCUAGCCCGGCUCAAGGAGGAGGGCCAUCUUUUCCUCGAGAAGGGUGAAAGCAGCAUGGAAGUGACAGGGGAGGAGGUCUGUCUGAAUGAGGGGAAGUCCGAGAUACCGACUCUUUUCGAGGCGGCCCCGGCGAUCGAAAAGCGUCUCUUCGCGAUCGAGGCAGAGGUGUCUGCACUCAGGGAGGACCUGUCGCGGAACCUCGAGGAG